CAUCCGGGCGACCUCCAAGGACCCCUCAAUUGCAAGAUUUGAUGAAGAUUUGCAAAACCCCCAAUUUUGGAUCCAAUUUCGAAUUUUAGGGUUUUUUCGAGUAGAAAAAUUCAGAUUCGAGAAGUUACAGGCCAAAUUAGACAAAAUGGUUUGGAUAUUAUUGAUCCUCGUCUCAAGACGAAGAGAAUGACAUUGGUCCCGCCGGAAUCGGAAAAAGUUCAUUUUCCGGCGACUUUGACCGGCGGGCGGCGGCGGCGGGGCGUGGAAGAAAAGAAAAGAAGAAAUGGGGUCAAAUUGAAAAUUUUAAAAUAUAUAAAAUUCGAAUUUGGCCCUAAUGACCGGAAGUUAACCUAGAAACGGGCUAAUGGCUCAUUAGUGAAAGGAUUGUGUAAGUUCAGGGAUUUUUGUGAAAGGAUUUGAAGUUCAGUUUGGGCCUACAAUCACACUAGACUAGAGAUUGAUUGAAGACGAGUUAGACGACGACGACCUGAAGAGAGCCAGGGUAUAUCUCCGUCACGAUUUGCUCCACUCCAUUGGCUAGAACGAAACAUGGCGGUUGGGCGUGUCACUCUGUCUUCAGACGACCUAGUGAAGAAGUCUCCCAACGACAAGAGGCUGUACAGAUACAUUGAGCUUUCUAACGGUCUCUGCGCUCUGCUCGUCCACGAUCCAGAAAUAUGCUUGAAUCUACAUACGGAAGCUCCAGCAGACUGCCAAGUGACAGAAGAUGAAGCGGAAGACGAAGAAUCGGGGGAUGAAGAUGAAGAAGAAGAUGAUGAUGAUGAGCAGGAAGAGGAUGAGACCGAAGACGAAUCCGAAUGUGAAGAGGGGAAUGGAGAUAAGAAGAAGAAAGACUCUCAUAAGAAGGCUGCAGCUGCUAUGUGUGUGGGAAUGGGCAGCUUCUCGGAUCCUUAUGAGGCACAGGGUCUUGCACAUUUCCUUGAACACAUGCUAUUUAUGGGGAGUACUGAAUUCCCUGAUGAAAAUGAGUAUGACAGUUACUUGUCCAAGCAUGGGGGUUCAUCAAAUGCAUAUACAGAAACAGAGUAUACUUGCUACCAUUUUGAAGUUAAAGGAGAGUACCUUCAUGGAGCCUUGAAGAGAUUCUCUCAGUUUUUCGUUUCGCCAUUGGUAAAAGCUGAAGCCAUGGAGCGUGAGUUGCUUGCGGUUGAUUCAGAAUUUAAUCAGGUCCUUCAAAAUGAUUUAUGCCGCCUACAGCAAUUACAGUGCCAUACAUCUACUCCUGGUCAUCCUUUUAACCGAUUCUUUUGGGGGAAUAAGAAGAGCCUUGGUGAUGCCAUGGAGAAGGGAGUCAAUUUAAGGGAGCAGAUUUUCAAAUUAUAUAAUGACAACUACUACGGGAAAAAGAUGAAACUAGUUAUAAUAGGUGGAGAGACUCUAAAUGUUCUUGAAAGUUGGGCUCUUGAGUUAUUUAGCGCUGUCAAGGGAGGCGAUGUUGAGAAAUCUGGUGAAAGAUUGGAAUUUCCUAUUUGGAAACCUGGCAAGUUGUAUCGACUAGAUGCAGUUAAAGAUGUGCAUAUCCUAGAUUUAUUGUGGCCAUUGCCUACUCUUAGGAAAGAUUAUAUGAGGAAACCUGAAGACUAUCUUGCACAUCUCCUUGGCCAUGAGGGUAGAGGGAGUUUGCUUUUUUUCUUAAAGGCCAAGGGCUGGGUUAGCUCCAUAUCUGCUGGGGUUGGAGAUGAAGGAAUGCAUCGGUCCUCACUAGCUUAUAUCUUUGAGAUGUCAAUACACCUAACAGACUCUGGUUUGAAAAAGAUAUUUGAUAUCAUUGGUUUUGUUUAUCAAUACCUCAAGUUACUGCGGCAAGUUUCCCCACAACAAUGGAUAUUUAAUGAACUCCAAAAUAUUGGGCAUAUGGAGUUCAGAUUUAUAGAAGAGGAACCUCAAGAUGAAUAUGCUGCAGAACUUGCAGGGAAUAUGCUGGUUUACCCCCCUCAAGAUGUUGUUUAUGGUGACUAUGCAUAUGAGAUUUGGGAUGAGCAAUUGAUAAAAGAUAUUUUGGGUUUUUUCACGGUGGACAACAUGAGGGUUGACUUAGUAACAAAGUUAUUAAAUGAUUCUAUCGAUAUUCAACAUGAACCAUGGUUUGGAUCACGGUAUAUUGAAGAGGAUAUCCCACUCUCUCUGUUGGAAUUAUGGAAGGAUCCUCCAGAGAUUGAUGAAUCAUUACAUUUACCUGAUAAGAAUGAAUUUAUUGCAUCUGAUUUUUCUAUUCGUGCUGACGUAACAUCGUGUGAUGGACGGAAUGUAUCUGCUCCCAAGUGCAUUCUUGAUGCACCCUUGAUGAAAUUUUGGUACAAGCUGGACAGUAGUUUUAAGAUUCCUCGUGCUAAUACUUACUUCCGCAUUACACUUAAAGGAGCUUACAGUAAUUUGAAAAGUACUCUACUGACUGAACUGUUUGUCCUCCUUCUGAAAGACAAACUGAAUGAGAUUGUCUAUAAGGCUAGUGUGGCAAAGUUGGAAACAUCUGUUUCCUUGAAUGGUGACAAGUUGGAGUUGAAAGUGUAUGGUUUUAAUGACAAACUCCCAGUUCUUCUAUCAAAAGUUUUGGCAGCAACCAAGUCCUUCUCACCCGAAGAUGACCGUUUUUUGGUUAUCAAGGAAGAUAUGGAAAGAACUUUGAAGAACACUAACAUGAAGCCCUUGAAUCAUUCGUCAUACUUGAGACUCCAAGUUUUGUGUCAGCGUUUCUGGGAUGUGGAGGAGAAGCAAUGCCUAUUACAUAACUUAUGUAUAGCAGAUCUGAAGGCUUUUCUUCCAGAUCUUCUUUCCCAGUUAUAUAUUGAGGGACUUUGUCAUGGUAAUCUGUUGGAAGAAGAAGCAUUAGAUAUAUCUAAUAUAUUUAAAAGUUACUUCCCAGUGCCACCACUUCCGAUUGAAAUGACCCAUAGAGAGUUCAUUUUGUGCCUUCCAUCUGGUGCUGACCUAGUUAGAGAUGUACCAGUGAAAAAUAAACUGGAAACAAACUCUGUGGUUGAGCUCUAUUAUCAGGUUGAACCUGAAGUAGGCUCAGAAUUGACCAAAUUGAAAGCACUGUUAGAUCUAUUUGAUGAAAUUGUUGAAGAACCGCUCUUUAACCAGUUAAGGACAAAGGAGCAGCUUGGUUAUGUUGUUGACUGCUGCCCAAGGGUAACAUACCGCAUAUUAGGCUUUUGUUUUCGAGUUCAGUCUAGUGAGUAUGAUCCUGUAUACUUGCAAGGAAGGAUUGACAACUUCAUAAAUAGUGUGAAAGAGAUAUUGGAUGAUCUCAAUGAUGAUUCAUUUCAAAAUUACAAAAGUGGGCUAGUGGCUAAACUUCUCGAGAAAGAUCCAUCACUUGCAUAUGAAACAAACCGCUUAUGGGGUCAAAUAGUAGAUAAAAGGUAUAUGUUUGACAUGUCAGAGAAGGAAGCAGAAGAGCUUAAGACCAUUCGUAAAAGUGACCUAAUCGAGUGGUACCAGACUUAUUUACAACAACCAUCCCCCAAAUGUAGGAGACUUUCUGUGCGGGUGUGGGGUUGCCACACCGAACAGAAAACCGCGACUGAACCGGUUCAGAUCAUCGACAAUUUGACUGCCUUCAAGAAGUCAUCUCAGUUCUACCCAAACUUUUGUUGAAAGAUUAAGAGGUGUAGGUAAGAGGUCCAGAUAAGGCCUUUUCACAUUGACUACUUUCCCUAUUCAAGAGUCACCACUAACAUUUGGACUAUUGGCACUUGACGGUGUGGCAAAAAACCGUUGGUUUGAGUUCGGAUUCCGAUCCGAACUGACGGGCAUGACAUUUUUAGGAGUGUUGGGACCAAAUUGCAAUUCCAAAGAUUUGUUUUCAAGAAAGCAUCUCUUUCAACUUUUGAACUAGCUUGGAAAUCAUGGAUAUUUCCAUCCUCAAAAAAAAUCAUGGAAGGAAAAUCUUUAUAAAAUUCAUUUUUGAUUUUUGGUUAGAAGUAAUACUUUCAUGCCAUUUAUAGAUUAUUUGGAAAAUGAAAUUCUUCAUCCUCUCAUGUCAUACAUGGAAUCUCUUGAAAUUCUAACGACAUUAUGAGUGCGUUUGGCAGUGCGCUGCUUUUAAUAAAUUAACUUUUGCUUU